UCAGUGUGAGAAGAGGAGGAAGAGCAGAAGAACAGCCAGCAGCGUUCAGAAACAAGGAAGAAGGCCACCCGCUUGCUUCGAUUUCUCUGGUAAAUAUUUGACUGGAUGUUUGCCUUUUCCGUGAGUUGUCUGGGUGCUGUGAAGAGACCGGGGUGGAACUCCGGACUGUCAGAAGCAGUCAUAACCAAGAGGCUGGAGAAGCUCAAAGGACAACCCGAGAAGCAAAUCGCUCACCGGGGCUGCGGGUGGUGCUUUCCCACCGAGAUGAUUUCCACAGCCGAGAGGACAAGGCAGUUAAAUGGCACCUGUACUGGCUUGGUGGACAUGGAACUCUUUCUCCAUUACUCCCUCAUCCCAUCACUUUUCAUCAUUUUGGUCUUGUCCUUUCUCCAAAGACGGGAGCACUGCAAACAGAGAGAUGACACUUCUUCCCUCUUGGGGAACCACUUUGGAAUUAUCAUACCUCUGGACUUCGUGGGCACCUUUAGUAACCGAUGGUCCUACGGAAUUGCCUUCGGAGCCACAGCCAAUAAGGUCAUGUUCUUGUUCUCAGAAGGCUCCCAGCUCCGGCAGAUCCCGCAGUGGGCCCAAGCCUUUGUGCUUCUGAUUGGAGGCUUCGAAGUCGGCCUGUCCCACUUCCCCUUCUUUGCCUGCCUCUCAUCGGAGUUCCAGCUGGUCAGCUCCAUCCUGGGCUUCCUCUACUCUCUGAUCUGGUUUGCUGUCACCAUUCUUCACAUCACACAGUGUCCCCAUGGGCAGUUUUUGGGGAGGUAUCAGACCGUCAUGUUCUACUGGCCCUCGCUGCUGUGCCUGUCCUUCCUGCUGGGCCGCUUCCUGUACAUGUUCGUCAAGUCUCUGAGGGUCCACCUGGGCUGGGAGCUGCAGGCGGAAGAAAAGCCGUUUCUGGAAAUUCAUCAGGCAGAGCACGUCAAGCAGCUCCUGCGGAAGCCCCCCCUGCAAGAGAGAAAAAAGUCUUGGUUUCAAAGCAGGAUAUACGAGUGGGACCCCUGCUUUCAGUUCCCAAGCAGAAUGAUCGGAACCACCGUGUUGGCUUCCAUCUGCCUGUAUCUCUUCAUUGUCAUUGAGUUCUGCGUGUUCGUGUAUGUGAGAGACAAGCUGGAUGUGUUUGAAGGCGAGUUAGAGAGCUACAUUGCCUCCGUGAACCAGACCGGGACCCUGACCCCAGUCAUCCUGCAGGCGAAGGAGCUGAUGAACAUCUCCAAAGGAGUCUGGGUGGUUACCAUUUUUCCUGCCUUCCUCACGUGUGUGAGCUAUCUAUUCCACAUUUUGGCUUGUUACAGAAAGCACGUGAAGAGGUUGUGGGCAGGAAAUAAACACUUUCUCCCUCUGAAGUUCCAUAACCCUUCCUCCUCAGGGAGUGUGGCGGCCAUUGCAAGGUACUCUGGCUGGCAAAUAGCCUACAUUUUGUGGGGCUACCUCAGUAUCCACGUGGUGCAGAGCCUGUGUGGCAUGGUGAUCGUGUACAGCCUGGUGUUGCCCAUCAUCCACAACCAGGGCCGGGAGAUGCUCCAAGGACUGGGCAUUGGAAUCCUCACCAUAUCCAUCGUCCUGGGUCUCAUGAUCCUGCAGGUAUGGAUCGCUGCCAGCUUCUUCCUGCAACCCAAGAUGGGCACAGCUGACAAGCAGAAGCCCUUGGCGCUCAACAACAGGAAAGUGUUCCACAACUUCAACUACUUUCUGUUCUUCUACAACGUGCUGCUGGGCCUGGGCGCCUGCCUCUCCAGGCUUCUCAUCAGCUGCAUCCUGGGCACAUGGCUGAUCGCCCGCAUCGACAGGACCAUCAUGCAGAACGGCUACGAGGGAGCCGACAUGGGGUUCAGUGCAUGGGUUGGCAUGCUCUAUGUGGACCAUUAUCACACCAACCCCGUGCUGGUCAGCUUCUGUCACAACCUGCUCACAGGCCUGAGGGAGAGGAAGCUGCAGCAGGCCAUCAGAUGUGAGCACCUGCGUCAGUCAGCAGGUCCCCGCACCUCGGCGAGGCCCAGGACAAGGUGGCUCCUGCUACAGACCCUGAUCAACAACCCCAGACUGGUCAUGCUCAGAAAGUCAAAACCAGACCACGGCUCCCAGGAGUUCACCCAGAUCCUGCUGACGGGCUCGGAGAGCUGACAUGGCCUCCGGCACCGCUCCUC